AUGUCAGAUCACGAAACAUAUGACAACAUUGAUGCAGGAGCGUCACAAACUUACCCUGUACAGGCAGGUGCAAUAAAAAAGAAUGGACAUGUUAUGCUAAAGGAACAUCCAUGUAAAGUAGUUGAUUAUUCAACAUCAAAAACUGGAAAACAUGGUCAUGCAAAAGCACACAUUGUAGGUAUUGAUAUUUUCACGGGGAAAAAAUAUGAAGAUAUAUGUCCAACAUCACAUAAUAUGGAUGUACCUGUUGUCAAAAGAACAGAAUUGCAAUUAAUCGAUAUUACUGAAGAUGGUUUCGUUUCAUUACUUCAUGACAAUGGAGAGACCAAGGAUGAUCUAAGUUUGCCAAAAGACUCAGAUGGAAAUUUAGAUGAAGUUGCUAAGCAAAUCCGUACCCUUUUUGAUGGUGGAAAAUCCGUAUUAGUUAGUGUUUUAUCUGCUUGUGGUCAAGAAAAAAUUAUUGCAGUCAAAGAAUUGUCAUCUUAA